AUGUGUGGAGGUCCACAUCUUCAGUCAGCUUGCCCUCAGAUGGUGGGGUUUAAGAGGUGUAACAUCUGUAGUCGAGAUGGUCAUUAUCCUAGGGAUUGUCCUACGGUCAAGAGGGUAGGGUCACAGACUCAUCAAGCCGGGAGAUCAAUACAGAGGGGUGGUGACAGACCCCAAGCAGCCGGUAGAGUUUAUGCGUUGACAGGAGCCGAGGCGGCUAGCUUAGGUAAUCUCAUCAUUGGGUGUAGUUUGUUGUUUGGGAAGCCGUGUUGUGUAUUGUUUGAUUCUGGAGCAACACACUUUUUUGUGCCAGAGUCUUGUGUAGAGGACCUGGGGUUGGCAGUGAGGGAGCUACAAUAUGAUCUGACUGUAUCUACCCCCACUUCGGGGUUGGUUAAGACAUCUACGGUUUGUGCUAGAUGUUCUGUGGUAGUAGAAGGGCGUCAGUUCAAGGUAAACUUGAUUUGUUUACCUCUACAAGGGUUAGAGGUGAUCCUAGGGAUUGAUUGGCUUUCUGCCAAUCGUAUCCUUAUAGACUGUGGUGAAAAGAAACUGUUGUUUCCCGAGGUUGAGGAGCCGACAUUUUUUUCUUCGGGACAAUUGAGGCAAGAGUUGGCUAGGGGUUCAGUUUGUUUCAUGGUGCUAACUCAUCUGGAGGUGGAGUAG